GACGCUGAUGCUUGGCAUACAUCUUGCUAACUAACAUCACAUCUAUUUAGGCAUGAGAUAUCAGCGAUACGAAGCAAGGAACCUACUGCUUUCGAUCAUGUCUUACUGCAAACAGCAGCAUGAAGGAGUCAUCUAAUAUUCAGAGCAUCAACAGAAAAUGCAAUAUUACAUUUCUUAAAGGAAACUACCCAGAUUAUUUGCUUAAUCCCUGGGCAUGAGCAAUUCAUCUGAAAUAAUUAGGGCAGCAGUAUUUUUUAUGCCUUACUGUAUACAGGGGAGGAUCUGAUUCUUUCUGCUGGGAUUUUUUUUCUUAUAAAGAGACAGCCUCACAUAAAACAUAGUGGGAAGGAGAUGCUGUCUUUGCGUUGGAGCAGGCUCACCGAUUAAAUCCCCUCUCUCUAAACAGCAUGUUGCAACAACAGAAUCUGUUAUUUUCACCACCUGUGAAGCAGCUGAAAUAAUGUAAAUGCCAGUUGGAGGUUACAAUGGCUCAGUGAAAUAUCUGAACGGGAAGGGGAAUCAAGAGACUGGAGCUCUUGGGAAAAAAAACAUCACUGAAAGCAAUUUACUAUGUGUGGGCAUCUGCUUUAGAUCUGUUUGUAGAACCCGACAACCAUAUUUAUUAAGUAGAUGAUCUUAUUUAGCAACAGCUUCUUUCUUGCUACAGGGAAGAAGGAAAAAUCUCUCAGCCUUGCCACUAUUUCUAUUUCCCCAGGAAGAAGCUUUUGGAUUCAGCACUGAAUGCAGGGACAGCGGCUGAGCUCCAGUUGUGCCUUUGAUGUGUGGAUUGUUCGUAAAUGAGUUUUCAGUUCUCUCUGACGAUCAUGCUUUAUUUCCAGAUGGUGAUAAUGGCAGGGACUGUAAUGCUGGCUUAUUACUUCGAGUAUACGGACACGUUCACUGUGAAUGUCCAGGGUUUUUUCUGCUACGAUAGUUCAUACACCAAGCCCUAUCCAGGACCGGAUGAGAGCAGUGACAUUCCGCCUGUCCUCCUCCUCUCCCUGGUCACAGGGGUCCCAGUACUUGUGAUAAUCGUUGGAGAAACCGUAGUGUUUUGCCUACAGGUAGCAACAAGAGAUUUUGAAAAUCAGGAAAAGACUCUCUUAACCGGAGACUGUUGCUAUAUAAAUCCACUGGUGCGAAGAACUGUCAGAUUUCUUGGAAUUUAUACUUUUGGAUUGUUUGCUACAGAUAUAUUUGUAAAUGCUGGACAAGUUGUUACAGGGAAUCUGGCCCCACAUUUCCUUACUGUUUGUAAGCCCAACUAUACAGCACUUGGUUGUCAACAGUUUACACAGUUUAUUACUGAUGCCAAUGCUUGCACUGGAAACCCAGAUCUUGUUAUCAAAGCCAGAAGAACGUUUCCAUCCAAAGAUGCAGCUCUUAGUGUUUAUGCAGCUUUGUACCUGGCAAUGUAUAUUACCAGCACAAUCAAAGCCAAAGGAACACGACUCGCCAAACCUGUCCUUUGCUUGGGUUUAAUGUGUUUGGCUUUUCUUACUGGAAUAAACAGGGUGGCGGAAUAUCGCAAUCAUUGGUCUGAUGUCAUAGCAGGGUUUCUAAUUGGAAUAUCAAUAGCUAUUUUUCUGGUAGCAUGCGUGGUAAAUAAUUUUAAGGGACGACAAGCAGAACACGAACACUGGACGACUGACAAUUUAGCCCAGAUGCCGAUGAUCAGCAUCCCUAGGGUUGAGAAUCCUUUGGAAAAGAACCACCUCACUGCAUUUGCAGAAGUCACAUGAUGCUGAAUCGGACGCCUACUCUCUGCACUGGACCUCCACCCUCUUCACAGUCCACUCAUCUCAAAGGAGACCUAUUUGAAAAGAGCAGGAAGUACAAGCUACUGUUCCUGGUCUAUUUAAUAAUUUUUACAGUAUGAAAAUAUUGUUCACAUCUGAAGGUUGUUUUGUAAUUAUACCUUGUUUUCCUUACUUUUUCAGAGAACCAUUGAAGAUGUGUAAGAAAAUGUGCACUAGUCAGUAUUUACAAUGCCCCACAAUUCUUGGCUCUAACAGCUUUUUUCAAUAUCCCAUGUACAGUACCCUAGAGUAGACCACCUAUUUUAGCUGAGGUUUAUUCAAGCUAAUUUAGCAUGACAUGAUUCCCAUAAGAAAAAUCCAAUAUGUACAAUAAAAAAGAAAUGUAUUUAUGUUCUGUGCUUAAUACAGUUUGCACAUGGUAUUUUGCUAAAUAUUUCAAUAUAUGAUUUAUACUUUAUGUUAUAUCAAGACUGGUGCUUAUGUUUUGAAGGGAAAAUGCAAAUUUUUACUCUACAAAUUAAUGUAUCACAAUUAAAAAUUUAUUUAUUUGGAA